AUGGCAUUGGAUCCAAAUGUUUCCUCAAAUUCAAGCGCCAGGAGAUGGACAGACCGCAUUAGCAAUGCCCUUCAAAAAGAAGUUGACAUUGACUUGAAUCUUCUCCCUCCUGUCUGUGUCCUCCAGGUUCCAAAAACACUAACUCAUUUGAAACCAGAAGCCUAUACUCCUCAGCUCAUUGGCAUGGGACCCUUUCACCAUUUAAGGCCAGACCUAUAUCAAAUGGAAAGGUACAAACUUGCUGCCAUCAAGGACAUUCUUGAGCCUGCUCAAAUCCUCAAUUUCGAGCACCUCUUGAUCGACAAACUAAGAGAGAAUGACCUUGUUGUUCGGGUCUGUUAUAACCGCUUCAUGGACAUAGACGAGAAGACUUUAGCUUGGAUAGUAGCCAUAGAUGGUCUAUUCUUGCUUAACAUCCUCCGUUCAGCGUAUGGAAAUAACCUGCAUGAUCAUCAUGGAAAUAAUAUUAUUGAUGACUCCAUUUUCACCCGAGACUUUAUGAUGCUUGAGAACCAAAUCCCCUUUGUGGUUGUGAGGCAAAUCAGAAAGUUUCUCCGUCUCUCCUCCCCUGAGGACAGAGAAGACGCCCAGUUAAUUUCCAUGUUUAGACGCUUUUGUGAAAUGCAUUCCCCCCUUCCUUUGCCUGCAAACAAUGAGUAUCAUAGAAAUAACACCACUGAAACUCAGCCUCUUCAUUUGCUAGAUUUUAUGUAUCGUUUAAUCCUCGAUGAUCGUGUAGAUUUUGCUUCAGUUCCUAUUCAAAUGUCAUCCAUCAUUAAUAUCAAACAUGACUAUAAAGAUGAAGAAGAUGAUCAAGAUACACAUGAAGACAUCAUUCACAAAUUUGAAACAAUGUUGAAGGUGCUGGAGCCUAUAGGCCCAAGAAAAGUGCAAAAACUUGUAAAUCCCAUUAACCAAGUUUUAGCAAAUGUGCCAUGGUCAAAGAUUUCUGGGAUAUUUAGGGAAGGUAUGGAAAGAAAUAUUGGAGACGAAGAAAGCAAGAAUACCAUUACUAUCCCUUCAGCAUCCCAAUUAUGGUGUUAUGCUAGUGUCAGAUGCAUCCCCAACCGUGAGGGUAUCCAUAUGAUUCGGUUUGAACAAGCUUCUUCAACUUUAUACCUUCCUGUGAUCACCAUGAAUGCUGGCUCAGAAGUCAUACUUAGAAACUUGAUGAUCUAUGAAGCUGCCAUGUCGAUAUCCAAGCUCGAACUUGCCAGAUACAUCAAUCUAAUGAGUGGGAUUGCAAAUGCUACUGAGGAUGUGAGGUUGCUUAGGCAAGCUGGUGUUAUCAAAGGGGAUUUGACUGAUAAUGAAAUUGCCACUUUGUUCAGUACCAUGCAAAGAUCAUUUGUGAGAUCUAGUGGAAUUUCUAAUAUGGAGAUUGUCGUGGAGAAACUCAACAAGUACUAUGACCAGAGGCUAAUUGUUAGGGCUCGUAGAGCAUUGAAGAAAAGCAUCUAUGUUUCUUUGAAGUUGUUGCCUGUUGCUUUGUCAAUAUCCUUUGUCUUGCUGCUAAUUUUCAAGUCAGUUUGCUCUGUGUAUGACUGCCAUAAUGUUUGGGGCUAUAGAGACUAG